AUGGCCGCCGGGUACUCUCUGCCCAGCAACCACCGGUUCUCUUGCGGGUAAGGAGCCACAUGGGGGCCCACGUCAGGCUCUUUUAGCGAAUGCCGCUUUGGGGCAAAGCCCAGUGGGGAAGCGAGGCCGGGGAGAGCAUACUCCGGUUUGUGGGAAGGAACAGGCGCGGACCGGAAGUUCCACGGCCUCGCAGUCCGGGGGAUCCGUUAGGAGAGCACGCCGGAAGUGGCUAAUUGGCCGGUCAGAGUUGGUGCCGGCGGUGGAGAGUCCCUCGGGCGGUGGAGACAUGGAGCCCGGGGCUGCUGAGCUAUAUGACCAGGCCCUGUUGGGCAUCCUGCAGCACGUGGGCAACGUCCAGGACUUUCUGCGAGUGCUCUUCGGCUUCCUCUACCGCAAGACUGAUUUCUACCGCCUGCUGCGCCACCCAUCAGACCGCAUGGGCUUCCCGCCGGGGGCCGCGCAGGCCCUGGUGUUGCAGGUGUUUAAAACCUUUGAUCAGAUGGCCCGUCAGGAUGAUGAGAAGAGGAGGAAGGAACUGGAAGAGAAAAUCAGAAGAAAGGAAGAAGCAGCCAAGGCUGUAGUAACUGGUACAGCUGAGAAGGAACUGGUCCCAGUCCCAGUUCAGGAAAUAGAGAUUGACUCCACUGCAGAAUUAGGUGAGCCUGGGGAUGCAGAGAAAGUGCAGCCUCCAGGUCCACAGGACACUGAGCAGCAAGUGGCCUGUGGCUCAGAGGAGGCAGAAGUUCCAGGAGCAGCUGCUGGUGCUGCUGAAGUCCCUCAGGAACCACCAGCACUCCCCAGGAUUCAAGAGCAGUUCCAGAAAAACCCUGACAGUUACAACGGUGCGGUACGUGAGAAUUACACCUGGUCGCAGGACUACACUGACCUGGAGGUCAGGGUGCCGGUGCCCAAGCACGUGGUAAAGGGGAAGCAGGUCUCAGUGGUUCUUAGUAGUGGCUCCAUCCGUGUGGCCAUGCUGGAGGAAAACGGGGAGCGAGUUCUCAUGGAAGGGAAACUCACCCACAAGAUCAACACUGAGAGUUCCCUCUGGAGCCUUGAGCCAGGGAAGUGUGUUUUGGUGAACCUGAGCAAGGUGGGUGAGUACUGGUGGAGCGCCAUCCUGGAAGGAGAGGAGCCCAUUGACAUCGACAAGAUCAACAAGGAGCGCUCCAUGGCUACUGUGGAUGAGGAGGAGCAAGCAGUCCUAGACAGGCUCACCUUUGACUACCACCAGAAGCUACAGGGCAAGCCUCAGAGUCAUGAGCUGGGUCCAUGUGGUACAGAAGUCACGGACAGCUCCCAGCAUCACCUCAGCUCAUGUGGACCGCCAGACCUGCAUGGUUGCAAUUCAAUCCAGUCAUUGCCUUUGCCUGUGGCCACAGAUAUAAGGCCCACUUGUGAGCCUUUGCCCUGUGGGUAGUACCUAAGGGACCAAUCCAUCUCAUGUCUGGGGUCAGCCCUGUGUUCACAGAGGGUUGAGGUUGACUUCCAGGGAAAGAGAAGCUGUUUUGACUGGAGAGCAUACAUGCAGAUGCCCAUUGUGCUGAGAAAGUGAAAAGGAAGUCCUACCAAGCAUCCUUCAGAAGCAUGUACUUGUUCCACAGGACAGAGGUACCAAGGACGCAAGAUCCUCACAUCUUCCCCAGAUGCCAACAUCAAGUUUUUGUUACAGAGAAACACUAAAAAUUAAAAUUUAUUGUGACUUCAACUGCACUUGUGCCAAGCUUAAGUGAGGUCUUGGUAGCUGUAAGAUAUGAGAUAAGCUAGAAUGUUCUAUGACUUUUCAUCUCUGACCCUCAAGUUCCUUUUGAUUGCAUCUCUUGCAGAACAUACAGAUCAAAUCAGAACAAAAUAACAGUAAUGCCAUUUGUCUGGGAGUUUCCAUAGUGCAGGAUCUACAUGGGGUAUUGGGGCUUCUUGCUUUCUGUUUCCUUUUUUCCCCUCCCUGUAUCCUUCCCUCUUCUCAACCUUUGGCUUAUUUUCUGUCCCCCUGCUUUACACUCAGUGCUGAUGUCCUCUGGGUUUGCCCAGUGUCACCCUUCUUGAGAGCUGACUUGAGCUGGACAUGGUGCUGGUCUCUGCAGCCUCAGCAAGGACAAAUAAAGGUCUGCCUAGAAAGCAUGAGUCCAACCACUUAAAUCUGAUCUCUCCAAAGACUAGUUCAGCCUUACUUUGCAGUCUCAUUGAUGGUCUUCUGCAGAAAGAGGUUGCUCUGUCAUUCUCAUUCUUAGGGUACUGGGAGUCUGAGGGCUACUUGUUCUGGUGGCUGCUACUCAGCCCACUGCCCAAGACUGGGAACAGAAUUGUGUGCUUAUCCCCAGAAAACUGAGACAGCUUCCAGGGAAGUUUUCAUCUCAGGCUCACACCAAAACAGACUAGCCUUAAAGGGCAAGAAAUGGGAGCAUCAUACAUCAUACAUGUGCACCAUGUAUUUGUAUUCUUCCAUACAUGCAGUCUGUCCCUGGACUUCAGGGCACUAUAGGGGGAAGAGCACUGCAGUGGGUUAUAGAGGGCUUGCUGUGUCUGGUGGACAGCUGAUUGUAAUUGGAACUAGGGAGCCCAGGGGCUGGAUAGUAACCCAGUUAGUCUAGUGCAUAGACCUCUGUUUUGAGUCUAAACCAAUUCUGCUAUAAACUUGCAACAUGGUCCAGGCAGCAUGCUGUUUGAGGGAUAUGUCCUUGCCCAGAGGUCUACCCUGGGGAGACCUUCAGCAGCCCAGGAUUGGCAGCCCAUGGAUAGGACCCAGGGUAACUCCUCACCAGGGCUGACCUACUCUUAGAUGACUAGGGAGCUUCCAGCCCCUGGGCUAUGGGUCUUAAUGAACCCCCUUCUUAGGACUGUUGUAAUUCAAAAGAAAGUGUGUGUCCCAGUGCCUGUCUGACACUGAUGCCAAAGUCUCUGCUCCUCUCUGGUCUUGGCACAGCUUGGUGAAAGGUCCUCAGUUUACUGGGGCCUGACAAUUCAUGGGUUCCAUAUAAAAUAUCCCAAGCUCCUUUUUUAUCAAAUGAAGAAACAAAUCUAGAAAGAUCCGUGCCUUUAUGUGACCUCAUAUAGUUUAGCCACACUUUACUCUUUGUUAUCAGGGUAUCUCACAGGCAGAAGGACCCUCCCAAGAGUCAGGUGGGUAGUCAAGUUUGCUGUGUUAGGAUCACUAUGCUUCACUAGUAGAAUGGAAGUGGGGCCAGGUUCUCCUGUCAUCUUCCAUCUGCUGCGCACAUCAGCGUAGUCACAGUUACCAACGUGCUCUGGCAUUGAUGCCCAUUUAUGGUGUGAACUCAGAGUUUUCUAAAUUUGCCAGGAUUUCAAAUUGUGCUUCUAAUGCCACAGAUGCUGUGUAUUUUGAAGCAUUUUAAUUUCAAAAUGAUUAACACUUGUUUCUUUUGUUGCUUUAAGUUUCUUAAACUUAAAUGUCACUAUAAAGUCACCCCAAGGUCAACAAGUUUACUCUCCUUCAUCUUUUUCCCCAGUUUAAUUUUCUUGAGCAGGUUUCUCAUCUGGAAAGGGAAGGUAGAAUGCACAGGUGCUAUUGUUCAGUUGGCACUCAGGGGUGUCUAUCUAGGAUCUCUCCAGCUGGGUGGGACUCACCCUAAAAGUCAGUAACUGUGACAUUGCACAGGCACAUGCCAGCAUUACUAUGGUGGCUGGAUCUGUGAGUGAAUUUGGUGACUUACAAAAAUGUCUACUCUCCACCUUUGCCCCAGGGAAGGUCUGAGCACUGAUCCUGACUCCCUUGGUUCCCUCAACUUUAAGAUCAAGCCUAAAAAUGUGCUCUUUACAUUUGGCUUCCUACAUUGGGCCUCUACCUAGCUUCCAAAUUCUUGGGGUAAGAGAGCAACUGUAGGGCUCUGCAACUGUCAGCCCUGUAGCUUCCCCUCACCCUCCAGCUGACUACAGCACUAUUAGGGCACAGAGGCCUCCUGUGGUCUCCUGCUGAACUUGUCAGGUCCCUUCUUGUGUUUGGUUGAGACCAUUCAGCCUCAUGCCUCCUGAGUUGACCAGGGCUUUAGGCCGUGCAGAGGGACUUCCUGCAGUUCUCCUUGCCACUCCAGCCAUGUGCUGCUUGCUCUGAUCCCACUGCAGUACCUUCUCAAAGUGGUCAUUCCACUGGCUCUGAUCUGAGUUAUCUAUAACAAGUUGAGGAUAGUGAUCAGUCCCUAAGAAUCCAGUUUGCUUAUUGCUUCACUUGGGUUUAAAAAUAGGAAAAAGAAAGCCCCCUUGUCAGGAAGGUUUUAUUUUAUAAGAAGAAACUGAGGUACAGAGAAUCCAGCAGCUUCACCAGACACUAGGAAUUUUUGUUAGACUUGUGAUAAGAGGUGUCUGUCUUCCAGGCCUGUUCUUCAGGCUUUCUGCAACAGGGACCAUGGACUUUAUUGGUGGGAUAACCUCUGGUCCUACGCACAUUAGCCUCUUUCAUUUCUUGUGGUUGAAAGAAGAGAUCAUCCCCAUCUAUGGGUAUACUUGAGGUGACCAGGUGAAGAGGACAGAUGCUUAGAGAAGGACUGGCCCACCUCCUUAGGUGCAGAUGACUUCCUCAGGGUCACAGCCUUCCUGAUGUCCCCCGACUACAGCCAUACUGCUUGCUGACCCUUGGAGGCUAGAUGUUCUAGAGUGGUUAUUGCUAGGGGGAACUAAAUCUAUUAGCUCUGACUGGAUCUCCAAGGAAAUAGUGGGACAUUCUUGAUUGGUGGAUUCACUGCUGGACAUUCUGAGGUCUUUCCUCCUGCACCACAUCUUGGGUCAACCUUGGAUUGUCUGAUGAUGUAGUUGUCAAUGACAAAAACUUCCUCCUUUGAGAGGGAGGUACAGGGUAAUGCCUGCUUGGGGGUUCUAGACUCUGUAGGCUGUUUGGAAUUUGGACAGAGAUCCUGAUAGAAAGGGACAGAAGACAUGAACCAUAGAAAGCAGCCAUUGCUUUACUGGAAAUAGAAGAGAAAGGGUUGGAAAUUCAGUCUGUGGGAUACACAGUUCUUACAGAGGAAUUGGCAGUCACCCAGUGUCUCCCCUGAUCUUGAGCUGCUGUAUAUGGUCCUCCAGCCAGUUGGUCUUAUGGGACAAGUUCCUGAUCCCUGAGGAAGCAGGUCUGUUCCUGAAGUCCAUCUGCUCUGGGAGGAAACAUGCAGUGCCUUGUGAUCCCCUUUAAUCUCUCUAUUUUCUGU